AUGAAUUAUGUGAGCGUGGGAGCCCAACUCAGGCGAAAUCGCUGGAGUCGGGCGCCUGUGAGCGUGGCCUUGCCGCCAGCGUGGGCGGCAGCUGGCGACCCGCGAGGCCGCAGCGUGCGUGGGCGGGCCAGCGCCCGCGUGGCUCCCACUGGCCGCGUGCCAUGGCCCGACCCAGCGCCGCAGCGGCUGGCCCAGCGCGCAGCGACUGGGCGGCCGCAGCGCCAUGGCCCGACCAGCGCGCCGGGCGGCCCAGCAGCGGCGGCGUGCCGUGCCAGCUCAGGUGGAUACGCACUAGUGGAGUCGUCCUCUGAGGACGACGAGGAGCCUGCUGAGGCCACAGAGGCACCAUCUGCGGCCGAGCCUAGGAUCACCGAAGCAGCACCGAUAGCAUCCACUGAUCCAGAGUCAUCUACUUCUCGAGUACACGAGCGCCUGGCUCGACUCGAGGCUGCCGUUGCUACUAUCUUGGAGAACCAGGUGCGGAUUCUGGAGCGACUUGAUCGUGAUUCGGCGAGACUCUCGGCGAGGAGUUUGUGA